ACUCGCCUUGCCGUCAAGGGGACUCCUGUCCGGCCGCCCUCGCCCGCCGCCUCCCGAGUCUUCUGCUCCUUUCUCUUCUUUCCUUCUCUUCUCCUGACGCCCGGUCCAGGAUGUACAUCUCUCACGUCGUUGCUUGCGGACUCUUCCUCGCCCUGCUCGCCCUGGCGCUGGAGGCGAAGCCGGCUCCUCAGAACCUGCAGAAGGGUCCGUCGGGCAGCUUGGCGGCGCUGGGGCGCGAACUGGCGGAGCUGCUGGAGGCGUCGUCGGGGCCCGCAGCCGGCGGUGCGCGGAGCGGCGGCGGAGGAGGAAAGCAGGGCUCUUCGUCGCAGCAGAAGGGCAAAGGCUCGUCGUCGUCGUCGAGGCUCAUGCGGGACCUGCGCACCGACACCAAGCAGUCGCGGGCCACCUGGGCGCGGGGGGCGCACCCGGAGCACCACGCCGGCGGAGGAGGAGGCGGCGGUGGCGGAGGGUCGCGGCGCUUCAAAAGCCCCUCCAAGAAGGGCUCCUCCAAGAGCUGCUUCGGCCUCAAGUUGGACCGCAUCGGCACCAUUAGCGGCCUGGGCUGCUGAGCCGUCGAGGGCGGCCGGCGGGCGACACCUCGCGGCGGUCUUUGAACUGACAAGGGUUAUUCUGCAUUCCAUCACCCCAUCCCAAGGACAUUUCUUGGCCAUCUCCUCACCGUCUUGCAGGGUCAAUGUUGAUGGCAUCCCGGAAAAGGCCUGGCUGGGCUUAUCCUAUUGGUACGAGGACUUGUAGCAGAAC